AUGACGAACAGGUUCACCGUGCUGUUUGUGGUACUCUGUGCCACCUUCCACGUCGCCAUAUCCGUCACUGACGGUUUAUUACGCAAUGGGGACUUCAAGCAAGGCCCAAGGCCAUCGGAACUAAACGGCACCGUAGUGAGGAGCCGCAACGCGAUUCCCUGGUGGGAAAUUUCAGGCUUGGUGGAGUACAUAAAGCCGGGGCAGAAGCAAGGCGACAUGCUGCUAGUGGUCCCGGAGGGCGCCCACGCGGUGAGGCUGGGCAAUGAGGCAUCGAUAAAGCAGAAAGUGAAGGUGGAGAAGGGGAGGUUUCACUCAGUAACAUUCACGGCAGCCCGGACUUGCGCGCAAGAUGAGCGGUUGAACUUGUCGGUGAAUCCCAACGUGGAGAAAAACGAUUGGGGGAUGUUGCCGAUGCAAACAUUGUAUAGUAGCGAUGGGUGGGAUUCGUACGCGUGGGGGUUCCAAGCCGACUUUCCGGAAGUUGAGUUUGUGAUCCAUAACCCGGGUGUUGAGGAGGAUGCUGCUUGCGGCCCACUUAUUUAUUCGGUUGCUCUCAAGCUUUUGAACCCUCCAAAACGUACCAAAGCUAAUCUACUGAAAAAUGGAUAUUUUGAAGAAGGUCCAUAUGUGAUGCCCAAUACAUCGUGGGGUGUACUGAUCCCACCCCACAUUGAGGACGAUCACAGCCCCUUACCGGGCUGGAUAAUUGAUUCCUUGAAGGCUGUCAAGUACAUUGAUUCCGAUCACUUUUACGUCCCGGAGGGCAAGAGAGCGGUUGAACUCGUGGCCGGAAAAGAAAGCUCCCUUUCGCAGGUGGUGUACACAACGCCCAAAAAGGUGUAUGUCCUAACAUUUACCGUGGGUGAUGCUAACAACUCGUGUGAAGGUUCCAUGGUUGUAGAGGCAUUUGCCGGCAAAGAAACUGUCAAGGUAUCAUAUGAAUCUUUGGGCAAAGGAGGGUUCAAGCGUGCAGAGCUUCGGUUCACGGCCGUGUCAAAACGCACCCGUAUCAUGUUCUUGAGCUCAUUUUACACCAUGAAAAGUGACCAUUCGGGCUCUUUGUGUGGACCGGUGUUGGAUGAUGUGAAGUUGCUUAGUGUUCGCACUCCACGACGUGCUGCUUGA